UUCCACCUGUUCUUUUCCCCUCCAAGUCUUUAAGUCUCCUCUCACUCUCUAUGGUCAUUUAAGGUGUUUAAACCCCCAACCAUGACUUCUCAACUCGAGAUAUUCGUCAGAGCGCUCUCUCGCCUUCUGGGCUGGAUCUACACGCUUUGCUGGUCCGCGUCAUUCUAUCCCCAACCGCUCAACAACUUCCGACGACGUUCAACCACGGGUCUAGCCAUAGACUUCCCUACGAUCAAUGUUCUAGGUUUCGUCUGCUAUACGAUCUAUACUUCUGCCUUCCUUUGGUCUCCGGUAAUUCGUGAACAAUAUGCCGCCCGCCAUCCUCUCGCACAAGACGCUACGGUGCGCUUUAAUGACUUCGCUUUUGCCAUUCAUGCUGUCGUUCUCAGCGUCAUCUAUUACUCCCAGUUCUGGCCCUUUAUCUGGGGCUUUAAGGUCUCUCGGUACCAACGGGUUAGCAAACCAGUCGCUGGUCUUUUUUGGGGUUCUAUCGUUGGCGUGGGCGCCGUUGUGGUGAUCGUUCUUGCCAAGAGUCCCAAUGGGGGACUCGAUCCUUUCUCGUGGGCAUGGAUCGAUGUUAUCUACGCCCUCUCCUAUGUGAAACUAAUCAUCACCAUCGUGAAAUACGUACCUCAGGCGUGGGUGAACUAUAAGCGCAAGUCCACCUAUGGCUGGAGUAUUGAAGGGAUUCUCUUCGACUUCUCUGGCGGUAUUCUGUCUCUUGCGCAAUUGAUAAUGGACUCGAGUUUCCAAGGUGACUGGAGCGGCAUCACCGGAAACCCCGCCAAGUUCCUUUUAUCUAACGUGACCAUUUUCUUUGACGUCAUUUUCAUCGUGCAGCACUACAUCCUUUACAAGAAUGUAGUGGACGAUAAGGAUAAAGGACAGGGUGCAAACGAUAGAACGCCGCUUUUGUCGCAAGCCAACGAUCUGCCGUGAGCAGCUGGUGUCUGCGUAUUGGAUACGCAAGUCGGAUACAUCGCGAUUUGCUUUUUU